GUCGAGUCGAGCGCUCCGGCCUGCGCCAUUGAGGAGCGGCGGAGAGGAAGCGCCGCGCAGUGCCGGGCCGGGCCGGGCGGACGGCGGGCGGCGGGGACACCGACAGGCAGGGCCGAGCGGCCAGGGACACCGACAGAUUCUGUGACCAUGAGAAAGAGAAAUAAAGAAUGAUACAUGAAUCUUAAUCACCUUUUCCUGAGGAAGUAGUCAUGUUGGAAGGUCUUGUAGCCUGGGUUCUCAAUACCUAUUUGGGGAAGUACGUCAAUAACCUGAACACUGACCAGCUUUCUGUUGCCCUUCUCAAAGGUGCUGUUGAAUUAGAAAACCUCCCGCUAAAGAAGGAUGCCCUGAAAGAACUGGAAUUACCAUUUGAAGUCAAAGCUGGCUUAAUUGGGAAAGUGACCCUUCAGAUCCCCUUCUACCGCCCACAUGUGGAUCCUUGGGUCAUCUCCAUCUCUAGCCUCCACUUAAUCGGAGCCCCUGAGAAAAUACAGGACUUCAAUGAUGAAAAGGAGAAGCUGUUGGAAAGGGAACGCAAGAAAGCACUGCUUCAAGCCUUGGAGGAGAAAUGGAAGAACGAACGCCAACAGAAAGGGGAGUCCUACUGGUAUUCGGUGACGGCCUCGGUGGUUACGAGCAUUGUGGAGAACAUUGAAUUAAAAAUUCAAGAUGUCCAUUUACGCUUUGAAGAUGGUGUGAGCAGUCCUUCCCAUCCCUUUGCCUUUGGCGUGUGCAUUAAGAAUGUAUCCAUGCAGAAUGCUGUAAAUGAGCCUGUACAGAAAUUAAUGCGGAAAAAGCAGUUAGAUGUGGAAGAGUUCAGCAUCUAUUGGGAUGUCGAUUGCACUUUACUAGGGGAUUUGCCUCAGGCGGAGUUACAGGAGGCCAUGGCCAGGAGCAUGGAGAGUCGCAGUCACCACUAUGUCCUGGAGCCUGUGUGUGCAUCUGCUCUCUUGAAGAGAAACUGUUCCAAGGAGCCACUGAGAUCCCGGCACACUCCCCGAAUCGAAUGUGACAUUCAGUUAGAGACCAUUCCUUUGAAGCUGUCUCAGCUGCAGUACCGGCAAAUCAUGGAAUUCCUCAAGGAGCUGGAGAGGAAAGAGAGGCAGGUGAAGUUCCGAAAGUGGAAACCCAAGGUGGCCGUGUCCAAGAAUUGCCGAGAAUGGUGGUAUUUUGCUCUGAAUGCUAACUUGUAUGAAAUCAGAGAGCAGAGGAAGCGCUGCACCUGGGACUUCUUGUUGCACCGUGCUCAUGAUGCUGUAUUUUACACUGACAAAUAUUUCAGCAAAUUAAAAGGAGGUAUUCUAUCUUCAGAUGACAAGGAAGAGAUCUGUCGCAUUGAGGAGGAACAGAGCUUUGAGGAAUUGAAGAUUCUUCGAGAACUGGUUCAUGAUCGAUUUUACAAGCAGGAAGAACUAGCAGAGAGUCUACGGGAGCCUCAGUUUGACUCUCCAGGAACCUCUCCUGGGGACCCUGAUGCCAGCGGAGGCAGUGGGAUGCUGCAGUACCUGCAGUCCUGGUUUCCUGGCUGGGGCGGCUGGUAUGGGCAGCAGAGCCCUGAGGGGAAAGCGGUGGAAGGACUGUCGGCUGAGCCCCAUGAGCAGUGGACUCCAGAAGAGAUCUUGGGCACUGAAGAGUUUUUUGACCCCACUGCAGACGCCUCGUGUUUGAAUACGUACACAAAGCGAGAUCACAUCUUUGCCAAGCUGAAUUUACAGCUGCAACGGGGUACAGUGACUCUGUUACACAAGGAACAAGGAGCUCCUCAAGUGGACGAAAGUGCAUUCAUGCAGCUGGAGUUUUCAGAUGUAAAACUCCUAGCAGAAUCUCUUCCGCGGAGAAAUUCCUCCUUGCUUUUAGUCCGGCUAGGUGGACUGUUCCUCCGAGACCUGGCCACGGAAGGAACCAUGUUUCCUCUUCUGGUCUUCCCUAAUCCGCAAAAAGAAGUUGGCAGAGUCUCACAAUCUUUUGGUCUCCAAACUACAUCUGCAGACAGAAGUGACCAAUACCCUGCUGCAGACCCAGAUGACCCAGUUUUUGAGAUGCUAUAUGAGAGAAAUCCAGCACACAGUCAUUUUGAGAGGCGGCUAAAUGUCAGCACGAGGCCUUUGAACAUCAUCUACAAUCCUCAGGCUAUUAAAAAAGUAGCAGACUUUUUCUACAAGGGAAAGGUUCAUACCUCAGGUUUUGGUUAUCAGUCAGAACUUGAAUUGAGAGUGGCUGAAGCAGCUCGAAGACAGUAUAACAAGCUGAAGAUGCAGACCAAGGCAGAGAUCCGACAAACCCUGGACCGGUUGCUGGUGGGGGACUUCAUUGAGGAAAGCAAACGAUGGUCUGUGCGGCUAGAUAUUUCUGCCCCUCAGGUGAUAUUUCCUGAUGAUUUCAAGUUCAAGAAUCCUGUGUUAGUUGUCGUGGAUCUAGGAAGAAUGCUGUUGACCAAUAGCCAAGAUGACACCAGGAGGAAAAGUGGGGACAGAUUAGCUUCUGAGGACAAUCAAUUUAGUGAUGAUGAAUAUAAGACCCCUCUUGCCACGCCCCCCAGUACUCCACCCCCAGAGACAAGCAGCAGCAGCAGAGAGAAAACACCUCCCUUUUCUGGAGUGGAGUUCAGUGAGGAGCAGCUUCAGGCCCAUUUAAUGAGUACCAAGAUGUACGAGCGAUACUCCUUGUCCUUCAUGGACCUCCAGAUCAUGGUGGGAAGAGUGAAAGACAACUGGAAGCACGUCCAGGGCAUUGAUGUAGGGCCCACCCAUGUGGUGGAGAAAUUUAAUGUUCAUCUACAGUUAGAGCGGAGGCUGAUUUAUACCUCAGAUCCCAAAUACCCAGGGGCUGUGCUCUCAGGCAACUUGCCAGAUUUAAAAAUCCACAUCAAUGAAGAUAAGAUAUCUGCCCUGAAGAACUGCUUUGCUCUCCUUACCACACCAGAAAUGAAAACUUCAGACACUCAGAUCAAAGAAAAGAUUUUCCCCCAAGAAGGACAGCGGGGAAGCCUACAGGACUCGGUAAUGAACUUAACCCAGAGCAUUGUGAUGCUGGAGCAACACACACGUGAGGUUCUGGUAGAGUCGCAGCUCCUCCUGGCUGAAUUUAAAGUCAACUGUAUGCAGCUUGGUGUGGAGAGCAAUGGCCGCUACAUUUCUGUACUCAAGGUAUUUGGUACAAAUGCUCACUUUGUGAAGAGGCCUUAUGAUGCUGAAGUCUCCCUCACUGUUCAUGGUUUGCUCCUAGUGGACACCAUGCAGACCUAUGGUGCUGAUUUUGACCUUUUGAUGGCUUCUCAUAAGAACUUGAGCUUUGAUAUUCCAACAGGAAGCCUACGGGACAGCAGGGCCCAGUCUCCUGUCUCUGGACCUCACACAGUUAUGGAUAUGGCCUCUGUGAAUGACCGAUCAGCAACGAGUGUUUCCCUGGAAAAGAUCCUCACCAAAGAGCAAGAGUCCCUCAUUAAGCUGGAGUAUCAGUUUGUGAGUUCUGAGUGCCCAUCCAUGAGCUUAGACAGCACACUUCAAGUGGUUUCUCUGCAGGUGAACAACUUGGAUAUUAUCUUAAAUCCAGAGACAAUCGUGGAGCUGAUUGGUUUCCUUCAAAAAUCCUUCCCCAAGGAGAAAGAUGAUUUGAGUCCUCAGCCUUUAAUGACUGAUUUGGAAAGAAACUUUAGUGAACAAGGAACUUACCAAUCUACCUACGAACAGAACACGGAGGUUGCGGUGGAGAUCCAUAGGCUUAACCUGCUGCUCCUCCGGACAGUGGGAAUGGCAAAUGGGGAUAAACAUGGCCGGAAAAUUGCCACGGCGAGCAUAGGUGGCACCAAGGUUAAUGUGUCGAUGGGCAGCACAUUCGAUGUGAAUGGCUCUCUGGGCUGUUUGCAGCUUAUGGACCUGACACAGGAGAAUGUUAAGAACCAGUAUGUUGUCAGCAUUGGGAAUUCUGUGGGCUAUGAAAAUAUUAUCAGCGACAUCGGCUACUUUGAGUCUGUGUUUGUCAGAGCAGAAGACGCAGCCCAGACUGAAGCUUUGAGUUUCACGUUUGUUGAGAAAUCCAAGCAGGAAUGUUUUCUCAGCCUGAAGAUGGCUUCCUUGCAUUACAACCAUUCUGCCAAGUUCUUGAAAGAGCUGACCUUAUCCAUGGAUGAACUGGAAGAAAAUUUUCGAAGUAUGCUUAAAAGUGCAGCCACCAAAGUCACCACUGUCUUAGCUACCAAGACGGCUGAGUACAGCGAGAUGGUGUCCCUCUUUGAAAUGCCGAGGAAGAUCCGGGAGCCCUUUAUCUUGGAGGAGGAUGAGGUACAUGGGUUUGGCCUUGCUUCCCCUCACUCGGACACAGUGAAGCUCAUCUUGAACAUCAAUAUUGAGUCUCCAGUUGUCUCUAUUCCCCGGAAGCCUGGGAGCCCUGAAUUAUUGGUGGGACACCUAGGACAGAUAUUCAUCCAGAAUUUCGUAGCUGGAGAUGAUGAAUCCAGAAGUGACCGUUUGCAGGUGGAGAUCAAAGACAUUAAGUUGUAUUCUUUGAAUUGCACCCAGUUGGCCAGCAGAGACAGUGCUGGGUCAGAAGUCAAUCGGAUGUGUUGUCCACCCUCCGGGUCUGCCAGUGCCAACAGCCAGGAGGAAGCAUAUUUCACCAGACACGAUUUUUUUGAAUCUUUGCAUAGAGGUCAAGCUUUUCACAUCUUGAAUAACACUACCAUUCAGUUUAAACUGGAGAAGAUCCCCAUAGAGAGAGAAUCUGAGUUGACUUUCUCCCUUAGUCCAGAUGACCUGGAGACCUCUAGCAUCAUGAAAAUUGAAGGAAAAUUCGUCAAUCCAGUCCAGGUGGUAUUAGCCAAGCAUGUGUAUGAGCAGGUCUUGCAAACACUGGACAACCUCGUGUACAGUGAAGAUCUGAAUAAGUUUCCAGCCAGUGCUCCCACCUCCCCUUGCCCUAAUUCUCCUCUGCCUACCCUCAGUACCUGUGGAGAACCUGCUGCCGACAGGAAGGAGAAUGGGCUGUUCAGCCACUCCAGCCUCUCUAGUGCCUCCCAGAAGUCCUUGUCUGUGAAGGAAGCCAAGGCCUUCACUCAGAUUCAAGCCAACUUCUGUAUAUCAGAGCUCCAGGUGCAGCUGAGUGCAGAUCUGACUUUGGGAGCUCAAGGUCUUGUGAGCUUAAAGUUUCAGGAUUUUGAGGUGGAGUUCAGUAAAGACCACCCUCAGACCUUAUCCAUUCAGAUUGCCUUGCGUUCUCUUCUGAUGGAAGACUUACUGGAGAAGAAUCCAGACUCCAAAUACAAGAACCUGAUGGUGUCUCGAGGAGCUCCUAAGCCAUCAAGCCUAGCACAGAAAGAAUAUCUCUCUCAGUCCUGCCCGUCCGUAUCCAAUGUGGAGUAUCCCGACAUGCCUCGGUCUUUGCCUUCCCACAUGGAGGAAGCACCUAAUGUCUUCCAGUUGUACCAGAGGCCCACCUCCGUGUCCCGGAAGACGCAGAAGGAAGUCAAAGACAAGGAUUGCCCCAUAACUCCCCCUCCCUCUCCAACAGUCGAUGGACCCAAGGUCCAUGCUGGGAAGAGUCAGUUCGAUGAUUCCUUGGUGCACAUCAACAUAUUCCUGGUGGAUAAGAAACAUCCAGAAUUCUCUUCCAGUUAUAAUCGAGUUAACCGGAGCAUUGAUGUUGAUUUUAACUGCUUGGAUGUGCUGAUCACCCUGCAGACCUGGGUGGUGAUACUGGAUUUUUUUGGGAUUGGCUCCACUGCAGACAACCAUGCAAUGAAGGUGCCACCUGAGGGCAUUGUACAAAGUGUAAAGUCAGAAUCCAGCACCAUAAUGGAGUCUGAACUUCAGGACCCUGUUAACACCAAGCUGGAUCUCAAGGUUCAUUCACUGUCUCUCGUGCUCAAUAAGACCACCAGUGAGCUUGCUAAAGCAAAUGUUUCCAAAUUAGUAGCACACCUGGAAAUGAUUGAGGGAGACCUGGCCUUGCAGGGCAGCAUCGGGAGUCUGUCUCUGAGUGACUUAACCUCCCACGGAGAGUUCUACAGAGAACGAUUCACCACCAGUGGAGAAGAAGCACUCAUCUUCCAGAUUUUUAAAUAUGGACAAGCUGACCCUUUGCUUCAGAGAGAGCAUGACAUUCGUGUGAGCCUACAGAUGGCCUCUGUGCAAUACGUGCACACCCAGCGCUUCCAGGCCGAGGUGGUAGCCUUCAUUCAGCACUUCACCCAGCUGCAGGAUGUCUUGGGGCGCCAGCGAGCUGCCAUUGAGGGGCAGACGGUGAGAGACCAGGCUCAGCGCUGUUCUCGGGUUCUCCUGGAUAUUGAGGCUGGUGCUCCUGUCCUCCUCAUCCCAGAAAGUUCCAGAUCAAAUAAUCUGAUUGUAGCAAAUUUGGGGAAGCUGAAAGUGAAGAACAAGUUUCUCUUUGCUGGUUCUCCUGGGACAUUUUCCCUGCAAGAUAAGGAGUCUGUGCCUUCAACUUCCCCAACGGGUACACCCAAACACAAUAUGAGGAAAACCACAAGCACAGAGGACCCCAGGGCACCCCAGUCUCCCGGGCUGUUUAUGAUGUCUCCUGUUGGAAUGGGUCUGGGCAGCCUGAAGAGUGAGUGUGUGCCCUGUGGCUCCACCAAGCAGCGCGCACAGCCAGCCACGCCAUUUGUUGGCCAAAGUUCCAGUAGUCCAGAAGACCAUGUCUGCUUGCUGGACUGCAUUGUCGUGGAUCUACAGGACAUGGACAUCUUUGCUGCAGAGAGAUGUCCACGCGAAUACUCAAAAAUCUCAGAGGACAGUAGUGGAGAUCUGGUCUUCCCCUCCUAUUUUGUGCGACAAACAGGAGGAAGCCUCUUAACUGAGCCCUGUAGGCUGAAGUUGCAGGUGGAAAGAAAUUUGGACAAAGAAAUAAGUCAUGCUGUUCCAGACAUAUCUAUCCAUGGCAAUCUCUCCUCAGUCCACUGCUCCCUGGAUCUGUACAAAUACAAGCUGAUCCGAGGCUUACUGGAGAACAACCUUGGAGAGCCCAUAGAGGAGUUUAUGCGACCUUACGAUUUACAAGAUCCAAGAAUUCAUACUGUUCUGAGUGGAGAAGUGUACACUUGCAUGUGUUUCCUCAUUGAUAUGGUAAAUGUAAGCCUGGAGCUCAAAGAUCCAAAAGGAAAAGAAGGUGCUGGAUCCCUAGCCAGAUUUGAUUUCAAGAAAUGUAAACUGCUCUAUGAAAGUUUUUCCAACCAAACCAAGUCCAUUAAUUUGGUUUCCCAUUCCAUGAUGGCCUUUGACACCCGCUAUGCUGGGCAGAAGACGAGCUCAGGCACCAACAAUGUGUUCAACUGCAUCUUUCAACCUUCCAAGAACAGCAGCACCACCCAGGGAUCCAUUCAGAUUGAGCUUCAUUUCAGAUCUACAAAGGAUUCCUCCUGUUUCACAGUAGUUCUCAACAACCUCCGUGUUUUUCUCAUAUUUGACUGGCUGUUAUUGGUUCACGAUUUUCUCUACACUCCCAGUGACAUUAAGAAACAAAAUGUUACUCCGUCUCGGCAUCGAAACUCCAGCAGCGAUUCUGUUAUAGUUCCCAAAACCGUUAAGAGUGGUGUAGUUACUAAACGGUCUUCCCUUCCUGUAUCCAAUGAAAGGCACCUGGAGGUCAAGGUCAAUGUAACAGGGACUGAGUUUGUGGUUGUUGAAGAUGUGUCCUGCUUUGAUACCAACGCCAUUAUUCUGAAAGGCACCACAGUGCUCACCUAUAAGCCCCGCUUUGUUGACCGACCCUUUUCAGGAAGUUUGUUUGGCAUCGAGGUAUUCUCAUGCCGACUAGGGAAUGAGCAGGAUACGGCUCUUUCGAUCAUUGAUCCAGUACAAAUCCAGGUGGAGCUGGUGGGGAAUUCUUCUUAUCAGAACAGUUCUGGAUUGAUGGAUGCCUUCAAUAGUGAGGAUUUCCCACCUGUCCUAGAGAUUCAGUUACAAGCCCUGGACAUCAGACUGUCCUAUAAUGAUGUGCAGCUGUUUCUGGCCAUUGCAAAAUCUAUCCCAGAACAAGCAAGUGCAGCAGCACCAGACUCCACAGCCUUGGAAGCCGAUUCUGUUAGCAGUCAACCCCCAGGAACAUCUCGAGGAGGAGAGGAAGCCAGAGAAGGGACAAGACACACCUUAGAUCCUGUUUUGGAGUUACAGCUGGCUAGACUUCAGGAGCUGGGGUUCAGCAUGGAUGAUUGCCGCAAGGCCCUUUUGGUGUGUCAAGGCCAAUUGAAAAAGGCAGCAAGUUGGUUGUUCAAGAAUGCGGAGCCUCUGAAGUCUCUUUCCCUGACCUCCAGCAGCCAAGAUAGUCUGGGAGCUGUGCCGGCCCCACGCAUAUCUGGAGUGGAGAUCAAAGCCGAGAGCGUGUGCAUCUGCCUCAUAGACGACUGCAUGGACUGUGAUGUGCCUCUUGCUGAGCUGACCUUCUCCCGUCUGAAUUUUCUUCAGCAUGUGAGGACCAGUCCUGAAGGCUAUGCCCACUUUACACUUUCUGGGGAUUAUUAUAAUCGAGCUCUGUCAGGCUGGGAGCCAUUUAUUGAGCCAUGGCCGUGCUCUGUAUCCUGGCAACAGCAGGCAGCUAGUCGUCUCCAUCCCCGGCGACUGAAGCUAGAGGCCAAGGCCAAACCCCGUUUGGAUAUCAAUAUCACUUCUGUGUUGAUUGACCAGUAUAUAAGUACCAAGGAAUCAUGGAUGGCAGAUUACUGUAAAGAAGACAAAGAAAUGGAUUCUACUAAGUCAGAAGACUGGAUGGGCUCUUCAGUGGAUCCUCCAUGCUUUGGACAAAGCCUUCCCCUUGUCUACCUUAGAACUAGGAGUACAGCCAGUCUGACUAACCUAGAGCACCAGAUCUAUGCUAGAGCAGAGGUGAAAACCCCCAAACGCCGGCAGCCCUUUGUCCCCUUUGCUCUGAGGAACCACACCGGCUGUACGCUGUGGUUUGCCACGCUGACCACCACACCCACCAGGGCGGCACUGUCUCACAGUGGGAGUCCAGGGAUGGUUCCAGAAGGGAAUGGAGCAUUUCUGGAUGAUACACACAAUGUUAGUGAGUGGCGAGAAGUCCUCACCGGUGAAGAGAUUCCCUUUGAAUUUGAAGCCAGAGGGAAGUUACGGCACAGACACACCCAUGACUUACGGAUCCAUCAGCUACAAGUGAGAGUAAAUGGCUGGGAGCAAGUGAGCCCAGUGUCUGUGGACAAAGUUGGGACCUUUUUCCGUUAUGCAGCACCAGACAAAAAUUCAUCUUCCUCUACAAUUGGCAGCCCAAGCAGCAGAACAAAUAUUAUACAUCCCCAGGUGUAUUUCUCUGCCCUCCCACCUGUCCGAGUAGUCUUUGCUGUGACUAUGGAAGGCAGUGCUCGGAAGGUGAUCACUGUCCGAUCAGCCCUCAUUGUGAGGAACAGAUUGGAAACACCGAUGGAACUACGACUGGACAGUCCAUCAGCCCCAGACAAGCCAGUGGUGCUUCCUGCCAUCAUGCCAGGAGAUGCGUUCGCUGUGCCUUUGCACCUUACCUCUUGGCGGCUGCAGGCCCGGCCCAAAGGAUUUGGUGUGUUCUUCUGUAAGACUCCAAUACACUGGACUAAUGUAGUGAAGCCAACAGAGGUUAGUAGCAGCAAACGAGAGUGCCACUCGAUGGAUACAGAAAAAAGCCGAUUCUUCAGGUUUUGUGUGGCUAUUAAGAAAGAAAAUUAUCCAGAUUACAUGCCCUCCAACAUAUUUUCUGACAGUGCCAAACAGAUUUUCCGACAGCCUGGGCAUACCAUUUAUCUCCUGCCGACUGUGGUAAUCUGCAACUUGCUACCUUGCGAACUGGACUUUUAUGUGAAAGGAAUGCCUAUUAAUGGGACCCUAAAACCAGGCAAAGAGGUAGCCCUUCAUACAGCAGAUACAUCCCAGAACAUUGAACUAGGGGUUUCAUUGGAGAACUUUCCCCUCUGUAAAGAACUGCUCAUUCCUCCUGGGACCCAAAACUAUAUGGUGAGAAUGCGACUCUAUGACGUCAGCCGGCGGCAGCUGAACCUUACCAUCCGGAUUGUGUGUCGUGCAGAAGGGUCCUUAAAGAUCUUCAUUUCUGCCCCUUAUUGGCUCAUUAACAAAACAGGGUUACCACUGAUCUUCAGACAGGACAAUGCAAAGACAGAUGCUGCAGGCCAGUUUGAGGAACAUGAGUUGGCCCGGAGCCUGAGUCCUCUCUUAUUCUGCUAUGCUGAUAAAGAGCAGCCAAACCUCUGCACGAUGAGAAUCGGAAGGGGGAUUCAUCCAGAAGGCAUGCCGGGCUGGUGUCAGGGCUUCUCCCUGGAUGGUGGUAGUGGUGUCCGAGCUUUGAAAGUCAUCCAGCAAGGAAACCGCCCAGGGCUGAUCUAUAACAUUGGUAUUGAUGUUAAGAAAGGCCGAGGCCGAUAUAUUGAUACCUGUAUGGUCAUCUUUGCACCCCGUUACCUGUUAGAUAACAAGUCAUCUCACAAGCUCGCAUUUGCACAAAGGGAAUUUGCCAGGGGACAGGGAACAGCCAAUCCUGAGGGUUACAUUUCCACCCUUCCUGGUUCCAGUGUGGUGUUCCACUGGCCUCGAAAUGACUAUGAUCAGCUAUUAUGUGUCAGAUUGAUGGAUGUUCCCAAUUGUAUUUGGUCUGGAGGCUUUGAAGUCAACAAGAAUAAUUCCUUCCAUAUCAACAUGAGGGAUACUCUGGGAAAGUGCUUCUUCCUGCGAGUGGAAAUCACCCUGAAAGGAGCUACGUAUAGGAUCUCUUUUAGUGACACUGACCAGUUACCCCCACCUUUCCGCAUCGACAACUUUUCUAAGGUCCCAGUGGUGUUCACUCAGCAUGGCGUAGUGGAACCCAGGCUUCGGACUGAAGUUAAGCCCAUGACAUCGCUGGAUUAUGCCUGGGAUGAGCCCACUCUGCCAGCCUUCAUCACGUUGACUGUGAAGGGGGCCGGCUCUUCAGAGAUCAGCUGCAACAUGAAUGAUUUCCAGGAUAACCGACAGCUCUAUUAUGAAAAUUUCAUUUACAUUGCUGCUACAUACACAUUUUCAGGUUUGCAGGAGGGAAAGGGAAGGCCUGUAGCUUCUAAUAAGGCCGUCACUUGUGCAGAGCUCGUCUUAGAUGUCUCACCAAAGACACAAAGAGUCAUUUUGAAGAAGAAGGAGCCAGGAAAGCGUUCUCAGCUCUGGAGGAUGACAGGGACAGGCAUGUUGGCCCAUGAGGGCUCUGCUGUGCCUCACAACCCCAACAAACCCUCAGCCACACGCUCCACCGAGGGCUCCGCCAUCCUCGAUAUCGCUGGGCUUGCUGCAGUGACUGACAACAGGUAUGAGCCAUUGAUGCUACGUAAGCCGGACCGUAGGCGAAGCACCACCCAGACAUGGAAUUUCCGAGAAGGAAAACUGACCUGCGGACUGCAUGGUUUGGUGGUCCAGACCAAAGGAGGACUAUCUGGAUUGUUUGAUGGAGCUGAAGUCGUUCUUGGUCCUGACACAUCUAUGGAGCUUUUGGGGCCAGUUCCACCUGAACAACAAUUUAUUAACCAAAAAAUGAGGCCUGGUUCUGGAAUGUUGUCUAUCAGAGUUAUUCCAGAUGGACCAACAAGAGCACUCCAGAUAACAGAUUUCUGCCAGCGGAAAAGUGACCGGUCAUCAUAUGAACUGGAUGAACUUCCUAUUACUGAACAAGAGCUGCAGAAACUAAGGAGUUCAGAGACAGAGCAGGAAUUGGAAGUGCUUGUGAAAUUAGAAGGUGGAAUUGGCCUAUCCUUAAUUAAUAAAGUACCUGAAGAGCUGGUCUUUGCGAGUCUUACAGGAAUCAAUGUUCACUACACCCAGCUGGCAACCAGCCACAUGCUUGAACUCAGCAUUCAGGAUGUACAGGUGGAUAACCAGCUCAUCGGUACCACUCAACCCUUCAUGCUCUAUGUGACCCCCGUGAGCAAUGAGAAUGAGGUCAUUGAGACCGGCCCAGCUGUGCAGGUGAAUGCGGUGAAGUUCCCCAGCAAGAGUGCACUGACCAACAUCUACAAGCAUCUGAUGGUCACAGCUCAGAGAUUCACAGUGCAGAUUGAAGAGAAACUGCUGCUGAAGCUGCUGAGUUUCUUUGGCUACGAUCAGGCAGAGUCAGAGGUGGAAAAAUAUGAUGAAAACCUCCAUGAGAAGACAGUUGAGCAGGGUGGAACACCAACUCGAUACUAUUUUGAAAAUCUUAAGAUCAGCAUUCCCCAGAUCAAACUAAGUGUGUUUACCUCCAACAAGCUGCCACUAGAUCUUAAGGCCUUAAAAAGCACAUUGGGAUUUCCACUGAUUCGAUUUGAAGAUGCUGUAAUUAAUCUGGACCCAUUCACUCGGGUCCAUCCCUAUGAGACAAAGGAGUUCAUCAUCAAUGACAUCCUCAAACAUUUCCAGGAGGAACUCCUCAGCCAGGCAGCUCGAAUCCUGGGAUCAGUAGAUUUUCUUGGCAACCCCAUGGGGCUUCUGAAUGAUGUUUCUGAAGGGGUUACUGGACUGAUAAAGUAUGGAAAUGUUGGAGGCCUUAUCAGAAAUGUUACACAUGGGGUGUCGAACUCAGCUGCCAAGUUUGCAGGAACAUUGUCAGAUGGCUUGGGGAAGACUAUGGACAACCGUCAUCAGUCAGAGCGGGAAUACAUCAGAUACCACGCAGCAACAAGUGGGGAGCACCUUGUGGCUGGUAUCCAUGGCCUGGCUCAUGGUAUCAUUGGUGGACUGACCAGUGUUAUAACGUCAACAGUGGAAGGUGUGAAAACAGAAGGGGGCGUCAGUGGCUUCAUAUCCGGCCUUGGGAAAGGACUGGUUGGCACUGUGACCAAGCCAGUGGCAGGUGCCCUGGACUUUGCUUCUGAAACAGCCCAAGCAGUGAGAGACACAGCCACACUCAGUGGCCCCAGGACCCAAGCGCAGAGGGCUCGGAAACCACGCUGCUGCACAGGACCUCAGGGGCUGCUUCCUCGAUACUCAGAGAGCCAGGCGGAAGGACAGGAGCAGCUCUUCAAACUGACAGAUAACAUCCAGGAUGAGUUCUUCAUAGCCGUGGAAAACAUCGACAGCUACUGUGUGCUCAUCUCCUCCAAAGCCGUGUACUUCCUGAAGAGUGGCGACUAUGUGGACAGAGAGGCCAUUUUCCUUGAGGUCAAAUACGAUGACCUCUACCACUGCCUCGUCUCCAAGGAUCACGGGAAGGUGUACGUGCAGGUGACCAAGAAAGCAGCGAGCACCAGCAGUGGCGUGUCCAUCCCAGGCCCGUCCCACCAGAAGCCGAUGGUCCAUGUGAAAUCUGAGGUCCUUGCUGUCAAGUUGUCACAAGAAAUAAACUAUGCAAAGAGCCUUUACUAUGAACAGCAACUCAUGUUAAGACUGAAUGAACAUCAAGAGCAGCUGGAACUGGACUCCUGAGAACGGCCGGCCAGCGAGAGGCGCUCCGGACAGGGCCCAGACCCAGACUCGUGGCCCGCAUGGGAGGGAGCCGGGAGAAGCUUCCGGGAAGAUGUGGCUUGGGAAUGAGGGAAAGGAAGUCCUCACAGGGGAAGCUUUGAGUGCAAACGGUAUUUACUUGUGGGCUGGGGAAUACUCUAGAUUAUGGGGAGAUAAUUUUUUAAAGAUAUCAGUUGAAUAACAUACAAAGCAAAUGUACUGAGAUGAGUCUCAUUUUAGAUUAUCCCUGUUGACAUGUAAAUAUGUACAACUGUGUGUAAAUACAAGCUUCUGAGCAGGGUUGUGAUGUGCGUGAAGGUUUGUUACCUGUAAAGUAAUAUAAAAUUAGACUGGAUCUUCUAUUGCACUAACAAUAUGCCAUUCAGGAUACUCUGUAGAAAGAGGUUCGUGAACGUUGGAGAGUGCCGUAUCUACGUUUCGCGAACACAGGAAGCGGGUCAGGAGAGAUCUCAGUGUCCAGGAGAGCCUGUAGCAGCCGCGGUCACCCGCUGGAGCCCCACACCAGGGAGAGGAGAGCAGAAGCAGAGCCACCACAGGGCGGAAGGUCAGCGUGGCUCGGCCCCCCCCCCUUGUCUGUGCCGCCUUACAGGCCGCACUUGAGCUACAUAUGGCUUUCUAAUCUCAACACACAUUCUUUCCCCUGACUUGGCAGUGGACUUAGCUUCCGCCUUCACACAUGCACGUGCACGCAUCUACACCGGCGUUAUCAGAGACCAUCCAAACACUGGCCGGCUCUGUUGACAUAGAAGGAAAGGAAAGCCCAUGCCUUUGAACUCUUUGUCAGACAAUCAGAAGUCCUGGGUAGGGAGUCGGGCCCUCCCUCCCAGGCACCAGCAAUGGGAGACACUCCAUCUUGUUCUUUUUACUAAAGGCAUAGGCUGGCAUUAUAUCAUGUGCCCUGGGAACACAGGAAUGGUGGUUCCAGGACAGGGAGAAGGAGGAAGAGAGUAUGGGAAGAGGGAGUGGGGUCUGAGUGUCUCACAGAAGCAGGAUUGAAGGCCGGUGCAUGUGCCUGCCUUUUCCUGUCUUGUUCUCCACGUCUCCCUUUUCUGGAAGGAAUAAGCUAAUGAGCGUGGGGGAUGGGCCUCACUCUGAAUGAACAGCUCUCCUUGUGAUUUUAGAAUUUUUAUUGUAAUAAAGCCAACCCAUUUCUACAACCUUUUCACAUGUAGCUGAGAUCCGAGAUGACCCACUAGAAGUGUGGAAGAUUUUGGUAAUUAUAACUCAUGACCCAAUCCUUCCAUGACACAAAUGGAGCUCACCAGGCUGUCUCUCCCACUGUGUGUGUGUGUGUGUGUGUGUGUGUGUGUGUGUGUGUGUGUGUGUGUGUGUGUGUCCUGGGAAGGAGGAAGGAAGGAAGGUAGCUAGGCAGGAAGGUAGCUUCUCUGAGUGCUGUAGCCAUCUUGAAUGCUCCGGCCUGGAGGCCUGCCUGGACUGUGAGUGGAUCGCCCCGCUGGACCGUGGCCUCUGUGUGGGGCAGGUCUUUUGCUGGUUGGCUCAUGCUCCCUGGGUGGUCAGUGUGAUAGUAUCAGUGCUCACACUUGCUCUUCUGAGAGCCUCCCAGCCGCCUCACCAGCCUGGGUCCCUGCACCCUCCAGGUGCUUUGUGGUUUUCGUCCUCAGUAACACACUGCCAGAGCUCACAUCUCGGAGGCUCUCGGAGGGAGUCAAGUGCGCAUGCCUGAGAGCCUCUGUCCCUGGCUGGUGAAGGAGCUACUGUUGCUAAGAGAAGUCUGCCCGGGUUUUCAGCUUGACUGCAGGAAGGUAGCCGGGGUCACCUGCAGCUGUUGCUCCAGAAGAACGGGUCCUCCUCCUGCUCCUGUUUCCUGAAAUCGGCUCUGUGGUGGCACAGCUGCUGUUCUGACAUCUGUGCCUUAGAAAGGGCACAGGGACUCAAAGACCAGAUGACUGGGACUGCAGGGCAGAGAGUGCCCGCCAUGAGCUGCCCAAGCCCUUCCCCUCCCCUGCAGCCCUGGGCCGCCGCAGGAAGACUCUGGGGGCUUUUGCCAUCGCUUCCUGGUUUGUCAAGACAAAAGUCAAAGGUCUGGACCGACCAGUCAGGCCUUGUGCUGGCUCCUCAAACAUCCCAUUUCUUCUGAAACUGGCAUUUAGCUGGUGAUGUCUGAGACUUGGAUAGGACGGUUCCACCAAUUUUCCUGCUGCCCCAUGUACACAGCUCUCCUUGGCGGAAAGCACGGUGGAUGGAUGAUUUGAGAACCCUCAGUAGUCACCCAUUCCUUGACCACGAAUGGCUGGCCGGCGCCCCGCCCCAGCUCCUGUCUGUGCUUGCUUGGGAUACCUUUGGUGUUCAGAAGGCUCCUGGGCCACAUUGUUUUCAAGUGUCAUCUGUGCCUCAAAAAUCCAUAGUCGCUGCUUGAUGAACUGAGAAUAAACUACCUGGUUCUUCACUGUGUAACACUAUUAUGUUCCGACUCUGUAAACCUGCUUCUCAAAUCAGAGUCGCCACUUUUCUUCCUGUGGAAUAAAAUGUAUUGUUGACUUCUCA